AUGAGCACAGCCGAGACUGCGGGCGACCUCUCGCGCAAGCGCCGCCGCAGCAACGAGGCCGAGGCCGGGGCCGGGGCCGGGGCCGGGGCCGGGGCCGGGGCCGGGGCCAGUGGCGAGCCAGGCCCUCCGCGGCGGCGGCGGAAGCGGUCGCGGUGGGACGCCGAGGGGAGCACGACGACGACGACGGCGACGACGGCGACGACGGCGACAAUGGGGAAGACGGCGAGCUCUGCGGCACUUGCUGCGAGUACGCCCAGUGGUGCUUCUACCGCUGCGGCGGGAACAGGAGCCGCCGCAUCGGGCGGGCUGGCUGUCGAGGCGGUGACGCUCGACGUGGUGGUGGCGGUGACGGGCGUGUCGACGCGGACGGCGGCAGAGAGCCUGGUGGCGCUAGUGGAGACGCUCGCUGGACGGGUGGUCGGCUGGGCGGCAGCGAUGGAGCCGAUGCUUGGCGUGCACAAGGGCCACAUCUUUGUCUGCUUUGCCGAUCCGGCGUCGGUUGCUGUGGCGCUAUCCAAGGUCCACGGCUUUGUCCUCGACGGCGCCACCCUCGCUGUCUCGACCCAUAUCUCGUCGCUCGGCCCGCGCUACCCGCGCGGCGCGCCCAACGCGCCGUCGAUGGUAGCCAACAGGGUGUAUGUCGGCGGCCUGGCUGAGCAGAUCACCGCUGCGGACGUCCAGGACCUACUGGAGCCGUUCGGCCCACUGCGUUCAGUUCACCUUGUCGAAGCCAAGCGCCCGCCGGCCAUCCCUGGUCGCCCACUUCCGCCGGCGCCGCCGCCAGGCGCCCACGCUGGCUUUGCCUUUGUCGAGUUUGCCAUCGCUGGCUGCGUCCCCGCUACCAUCGCCGGCCUCAACGGCAUGGAUCUCGUUGGCAAGCCGCUCACCCUCGCCCCAGCCGCCACCCUCACCCACGCCCCCACUCCAUCUGUUCGUUACAUCUCACCGGCCUUUGCCCCCUGGUCGUCGCGCCUCGAUGGCGCCAUCGACAUUGAUCUUGUCAUCAAGGAAGUCGAGGGCCGCGACACUCUGCCCAAGCCGCGGAAGCGUAAGCGUUCGCGCGGCUCCACCUCCAGCUCGCCUGCCGUCCAAUCGCCGAUGGCAUCUGGCGCGCCCACUCCCAUCCCAUCAGCCACAGCCUCUUUUGCUGUGCAUGCACCGGCCGCGCCAGCUCAGGUCCCAGUCGCCACGGCAGCUACCGGCUCGGCCUUCACCGCCUCCGUCCAGCAGCACCCGCCCAAGAAGCACAAGCCGCUCAGCACUGUGCCGGCUCCCGCGUCACCGGUCAUCAGUCCGCCCAACCCCAACCUCACCCCGGCAGCCAUAAGGCGUGCACCCAUCGCUGCCGCCGGCCCGAAUGCCGCCGCCACCGCCGUCGCCGCUCCGCUGCCUGCCCCCGUGCCGGCACCACUUGCCUCUCCUGCGCUCGUGCCUGAGCCCCUCCAGCCCGCCACCCACACGUCGCCGCCACUCAUGGUGCCCCAGCCGCUCCAGCCGCCGCCCGGCUCGGCCGUCCUGUAA